CCCUCUUACUCUUGGUUUAGUAAACCACACAAAUAACAGGAACCUAAACGGCGACGGCGACGGCGGAGAUGGAGAUGGAGGACUAGUUGGCCAAAAUCAAUUGACAUGAUUUCCACAUGAAUUGCCAUAACAACAACAGUGCUAACCCAUAUAUUGCAGCUCGCUCCGUGGUUCGUGGUACGAAUGUUGGCCACCCAAAUACGCAAAUGUAUCUCCGUGAUCGAUCAAACUUGGGCUCCCUCCGGUAGCCAUUAGUAACCGACUCGACUUGGAGGCCGUCGAGGCAAACUAACCUAAGCCAAGUCGAAAGUCGGAGCGUUGGCCAGAAAUCAGUUGGGCAACAGCGAGCCAAGGAGCUGGGACGCACCGCGCAAAUCCAGAGGACUCCAGCACACACACUCCAGACUCACCAAGUUCUCCAGAUUCCAGACAAGUCAAGGCGAAGAAGGACCCUACACUCGGCGAAAAGAUGUGCGACUGCGGCUGCUAUUCGUACUGUCUGCACGACAGCUCCUGCUACAGUCACUACCACUCGCAUUCGCACUCGCAUUCGCAUCACUGCUGUGCGGGUUACAAGUAUCUCAAGUGCCUCUGUCGCUACUAUCGCCAUGGGCACUGCACCUGCUCCUGCUGGCGAAGGAAAUGCUACCUGCUCUAAGAAUUCUGCCGAGGAUUCCCGUUCCAGAUACCAGAUGAGGCACACAACACCACACAAAUCACAACUCAAACAACGCAAAACACCAACGAAAUCACACGAUAAAGUCCUUUAAGCAGUUGCAUAACACUUGGCUGCAUCCAAUCGAGCAGGAGUGAAAAGUGGAAAAUGGAAAAUGUGUGGCGAAUGGGGAAAUCAGAGGGGGAGAAGGGGAGCAAACAACUAGCGUGCAUACGGGUCGUAUGUGCAACGUUUUCAGUUGUCGUGUGAAUUGAGUGUGCAUGUGCAUGUGCCUGUGACUGCGAGUGAAAAUGGUUCAAGGAUGUGGCCAACACUGUUAUCGACUGCGUUUUGCAUAUUGAAACUGCAAAAUCCCCAUUCACACCGAACUCACACACUUAACUCAAGUGAAGCAACUCGAAUUAGUGCCUAAGUUUUACUUCACACCCCACAAAACACACACACUCGAUUAACACCCACAACACAUCGUUAUCGAACUAAAUACAUCCAAUGUUAGAGCAUAGUGCGUAUCGAUACGUUCGAGAUUUUCGCCAUAUUUGUAACGUUUCCAAUCCAAAAACAAUCCAAAAAUAAAGUUCUACUCAAACACCACUAACAA